AUGGCGACCCCACCGAACGAGGAUAUUGUAAACCGCAUCAGCACAUUACUUACGAGCGCGCUCUUGCCAUACCGCGAUGAGCUCGCAGGCCGCCGGGACAUCGACGCCCUGGUGAAGCAUCGCGAACUCAUCGUUGCCGUGAAGGACUGGGCCGUCGUCGUCGUCACCCUCGUGUUCGUCUUCCUUUUCUUGAUCCUCCACCUCCCAAACAAGGACGCUGGUAACAAGGGGGAGCUGAAGAUCCUUUUCCAGAAGGUGGCGGAGAACCGCAAUUCAGAAUGGCAGCUCGGUCGCGAAGCAGAGGCAUGGGCAACGAAAAUGGGCAGGCGAGCUCAAGCCAUGCGCCGCGACAUCCAGCAGGCCAUCACGAAAGCCAGAGAUGGCGACAACGUUCCCGAGUGGCUCAGCCCGUUCAUGCAGGACGGGACCGACAAGACGGAGUACGAUGUCAAGUACAUACGGGACGAGCAGGUUUGCUAUCGGACUCAGAAGGGCGUCAAGAAGCCUUUGCGGGAGGAGUCUGAGCCGCUGCAGCCCAACGACGAGGGCGACGAUGAGUUGGUCCUAGCGAAGUGGCAUGACGGAUUCACGCGCAGGAUCCCGAACUUGACAAAUAAGACGUUGAGGGCCCUGCAGGUGGACAACGGAUCAGGGGAUCGGCGCCCUUCAAGCGUGACCGAGAUCAAGCGGGAGGUGGCCAAGGACGGAGCUACGUGGCGACUGAUCGACGCUAAGGAGCGUCGCCCAGAUGUUCCUGACGUCGCUUUCCUGCGCAUCUUCAGGGUCCAGGGCGCGGCGAAGCCGACGUUGCAGCUGGUCGUGACGCGCCACACCGCAGACGAGAAGGAGAAG